AUGGAUUCGAAAGCCACCCACGAUCAAACAUCGGUUACACAUUUACACCCGCAGUCGAUAUUACUGAAAGAUGGGGAAACGACAGCUACAAUGUACCCCGUUCCAGCCAACGCGGAACAACUACCCGCGGGCCUUCUAGCAUUUCUAAUGGACGAGUUCAAUAUGGAGAUCGAAAAGGGUGACAGUUUGCCAUACUAUGAGCCACUAACACUGCAAGGUUUCUGUGACACUUGGUUCAGUACUGGUGGGUUGGUAUGCAUAAUGGUUUUGGGAGAAAUACCAGAGCUGGAUUAUACCGAUCCCAACAGUUCUUCUAGCACGCGUACCACCGCGGAUGAUCCACAGGCAGAGGUCACUAGGCACACAACGCAGUACCUAAGACGUAAGGAGAGGCGAAAUUUAAACCUCAACAUUCAGUGGGAAAAACAGUGCCUGGGUGCAUUCAGCAUGCGACCCGCAUACCCUGGACGUUCGUCGCAUGUCGUAACAGCUUCAUUUUUGGUGAAUGCAGGCAUAAGAGGUAAAGGUAUAGGUAGAACACUAGUGGAAGUUUUUUUAAACUGGUCUCCACAGUUGGGAUUCACCUCUUCCGUUUUCCCUCUUGUCUACGGAACUAACGUAGGCAUACGACGCAUAUUAGAAACGUUGAACUUCCGAAGAGUCGGAAAAUUACCAGAAUCAGCUAUUCUAAAGGGCUGUGACGUGCCGGUAGACUCAUUCAUUUACGCCAAGGAGUUCAGUCAUGUUUCAAAAAGCAUAGAUCUUUUGAAUGAACCAAACAAACAUUUUGCCAAAUACGAACGACUAAGAUACUACUUAGAAACUGGAAAGUACCCUGAGUACUGCGAUAGAAAUGAAAAGGCUAGACUGCGAGCAAGCGCCAAAUAUCACGUUGUGCAAAAUGGGAAGCUUAUGAGACAGGGCCGGGAGGUGGUUUACGACCCUCAAAAACAGUUGGAGGUGGCUUUCGAAGUUCAUCAAGUUGCACACCAAGGCAUUAACAAAGUCACAACCCUGAUAGCUGAGAGGUAUCAUUGGAAGGGGAUCAAAUCAACGGUUGCCAGGAUUGUAGCUGCCUGCCCAUUAUGUAAAAACGAGCACCAAGAUGAUCUUGGCAUUGUUGUGGAGCCAGGGUCUCCACGGCAGCAGGCUCAUAUGUUAAUGCGAGAUGGAGUGGAUACGGAUCACUCUUCACAGUUGAGCAAAAUGGCUGCCGCAGUGAUUGGUAAUUUGCAAGAGCCCUUAUCGGAUGGUGAACGAACUCCAGCUGAUGAAACUCCACAAAGAAAGAAAGCGAAGCCUACAAUCCAUCGCAUGAAGUUCAUUGAGUCACAAGAUCCCCACGUCACAUCACAAGAGGUUUCAGGUAGUCAUCAAUCAAUGAACAAUUUCAACGAAUAUAGCCACAGGCAGGGUGCUAAACGUCGUUAUUUGGACGUAGCGAUGAGUGCAGGAGUUAGGAACUCUUCCAUUUCUGCAAACGACUUGAGCGGCGGACCAGCUACAGUUGAAAUCGAAGAGCAAGAUGACACGCACAUGGUUGACGAUGCGCUUCUGAACUUAGACGAUAACAUGAUGGUCGCCGUCGAGACAGUUCGAUCAGAUAAAUCCAAAGAUAACAGUUAUACGCAUAACACGGAUGUACAGCAGUUUUACUAA